CAACGUUGAUUUGUGUAAUGACUUAUGUUCAGUGUAUGAGUAAAGUGAUGACAUACUCGGUAAUUCAAAAUUCGUUGCUUGUACAAUUGUAUGAUUUGUAAAGUUUUUCCAGAUUUGUUGAGUGUAUUUUGAUGAAGAAAAAAUCAUAAACAUUAAUGGAUCUUUCGUACGCUACAAAAAUCUAAAAGCGAUCACAUAGGUGAUUUUCGUUUCGAUAAUGGCCAAUCUCAAACUAGAACUCGACGAAUACUUGAAGAGCCAAAAAAGUGCACCCAGCAAUGGGCACGUACACAUACCAAAGGUUUUCAAAAAAUUCAUUACCAGCGAAUCGGGCGAACACACAGAAAACCUACUGGAUUCAACGCAAAACACUUACAUUAAUUUUCCAACAUUGACCAAAAAGCAGAGAAUAUUCGGAUUUAUGAUAUGUGUGUGCGUUAGCUGUUUAAUGUUUUCUUUAUCAGCAUUGUAUUUGCCAGUUCUAUUGUUGAAAGCUAGAAAAUUUGCAAUAUUAUAUUCAGCUGGAAGCAUAUUUGCAUUUGCGAGUGUGUCGUUUUUAACGGGUCCGUUGAACCAUUUCAAAUAUGUUACAAGUAAGGAAAAACUACCUUUCGUGUUUGGCUACAUCAUCACACUCAUUCUCACGCUGUAUUUUUCUUUAUUCAUGCAAAGUACUCCGUUUACUCUAUUAUUUUUAACUGUUCAUCUAGUACUCAUAUUUUGGUUUCUAUUAAACUCCAUACCAUUUGGACAGAAAGGUUUAACGUUUUUUGGACGCAUUUUCUCUUCUGCAGUGAGAAACAAAGUGUCAAAUUCUUUACCAGUUUAAAAUUAUAACCUAGAUGAAUUUUAUCAUUCCUAAUAUUUUAUUGUUGUUAUUGUAAAUUAUAUUUUUGAUAUCAAAUGCCAAUUAUUUUUGUAUAAAUUAUAUUUUUAUGUUAUUAUAAACUCACAAAAACAGACCGCAUAAUAAUAAAUGU